AUGCGUAGCAAGAAGGAGAUUGAAUUACUUGAGCUGAAGCAAAGAAAUUCGAUGAUUACAAUGUAUGUUGCAAAGUUUGAGGAUCUAGUGAUGUUUUGUCCGUAUUAUAAUAAUGUUGUUGUAGAGGGUUCGAAGUGCAUCAAAAUCUAUGAUGAGGAUAGCAGAGCCGGAUCUUCUUAUUACAAGAGUAUUAAUGACACGAAAGGGAAUAUUCAGAUUUGUGGGAAGUCGUACGGUACUGUAGUUGAUAAAUGGAAACAAAGAGUUCCAGAUAAGAAGAAGCAGAGAGGGGGAGAGACUCCUACUUCUGUGAGAUGUUUUAAUUGUGGUGAGUAUGGAUAUCAUGCUCCUGAGUGCAAGAGCACAACCGUGAACUACUUCAAGUCUGGAAAGCCAGGUCAUCGUGCUGCUGAUUGUAGGAGUAAUAAUUUGACUUGUUUUAACUAUAGAGAGCAAUGUCAUAUUAGUACUCAGUGUGAGAAACCGAAGAAGGAUCAAUCUAGAGGGAAGGUGUUUAUGUUUCCUGUAGCAGAGGCUAAUGCGUUAGAUAACUUGAUAAGAGGUAGGUACUUUAUCAAUAAUACUCCUUUGAUUACUAUUAUUGAUACGGGUGUGACACAUUCAUUUAUAUAUGCUUAG